GGGAAGGUGAUGAAGAAGGGGAAGGAGCCAGAGAAAGAGAAAAUUCGGGAAAAAGGAAAGGAAGAGAAAAAGACGGAGGUGGUUAAGGAGAAAAUUAAAGGAAAAGAGAAAGGAAAGGAGGAUAAUAGUAACUGUAAAGAGGAGGAAAAGAAAGAGCGGGAGACCGAGAAAGAGAAGGAACAACUCAAGGGAAAAGAAGAGAAAGAGAAGAAGGACAACAGCGCCUUGACAAAGCCCCCGCUAGAGCCGCCGGAGAAAAAUAAGCAGAUCCUUGUGUUGGGCCUCGACGGAGCAGGAAAGACCAGUGUUCUGCACUCUCUUGCUUUAAACAGAGUCCAGCACAGCGUGGCACCCACCCAAGGUUUCAAUGCAGUAUGCAUCAACACCGAGGAUAGCCAGAUGGAGUUUCUGGAGAUUGGUGGCAGUGAACCUUUCCGUUCCUAUUGGGAAAUGUAUCUAUCCAGAGGAUUGCUGCUGAUCUUUGUGGUGGAUUCAGCUGAUCACAACAGAUUACCUGAAGCCAAGAAACACCUUCAUCAAUUAAUUGAAACAAACCCAAUCCUUCCUCUGGUUGUAUUUGCAAACAAACAGGAUCUCGAAGCAGCCUAUCGUAUUACAGAUAUCCAUGAAGCGUUGGCAUUGUCUGAGGUGGGAAAUGACAGGAAGAUGUUCUUGUUUGGAACCCAAGUGACUGAGAACGGCUCAGAAAUACCCUCCGUUAUGCAAGAUGCCAAAGACUUGAUUGCACACCUGGCUGCAGAUAUGCAGUGACCACGCCCAGACCCACUGUGCAGCUGUCAGUCUAAAUCUCACUAGGGACUGUUGAGUGACAGGUUUGAAGCCGAAGGUUUCCUCUGUCAAAUAAAAGAAUAAGCCAUUUCCUAUUUUCUUAAUGCAUGACAUAUACACAAAGAUAAUGUUAAUUGAUUAAGAGCCUCUCUGUGUUUAGAUUUUAAACUUUAAAAAUAUUGGUAAAAUAAUAUAUUUGGGGGGAUUUGGAUUUUCAGCAACAAAAUUAAAGUGAACAUUAGGAAGCAUUCAAACCAUUUGUAGUUUUUCGAUGGCAUGAGAUUUAUAGUAAAAUAUUUUAAGAAACUACCUACCUCUUUUCAAG